CGAGCAGAAACCAAAGAUGACGGUGUGAGGCAAAAUGGAUCCAACCAAGCCCAGCCUGACUGCAAAGGCGCCACAUGUAAACAAUGGAGGGGCAAAUGAUUCACUCCUGGAGGAAACAGCGCUGAGCAGAGAGGCCGUAGACCCUGACAGGCUGAGGGACAUGGAGCCAGAUGUUGACCUGACAGCAGCUGCAGAGUUAAGCUAUCACCACAGGGGGUCAGAAGACAAGCAGAAAUACAGCACGAUGGGCUAUCAGAGACGGACGAAGGAGAAGGUGGUGACCGACUUUGCAACUCUGAGUAAAGGCUCCUCUGCUGGCGGAAAACCCCGAGCUGCACUGAGGCAGGUCCUGUUCAGUCAGGGAGUGUCUGACAAGACGUCUGAGCAAGAGCGAGGUCAGCUGGAUGGGUUGAAGCAGGACCUGGAGAACUUCACUGUGCCUGGCGAUCUGAAAUGGAGGUGGAUGGAGGAAAAUCAAGGAGCCACGCUGGAGAGCAGCUGGACAGACAUAGUGCAGUCUCACUCGACCAUGGCUAGGAUGCAGAGGCACCAACAGGAGGCGCUGUGGGAGUUUAUCAGUACUGAACUCAUCUACAUCAACAAGCUUUUGAUCAUCAAAAAUCUGGUGAUUGCGGCUCUUGUCUACCUGCGGCAGCGUGGGCAUCUCCUGGAGAUGGCCCCUGCGAUGGUUUUCUCCAAUCUGCCCUCUGUCCUGUUUGCACACCAGCUGUUCUGGCAGGAAGUGAUUUAUCCCAUGUUACACGAAGUCCGAAAGACGGGAAAACCUUUUGAUCCCACGAGGCUAGAAGCUGGCUGCCUGCAGUUUCAUGAGCGCUUCUCCUCCUAUAAACAUUAUUGCUGGGAAGAGAAGAACAACCUGGAGUUCUCUCGGAGCCAGAUGGAGAACAACCCACAUUUCCUCACUUUUGUCCAGUGGGUGGAGACUCACCCUCAGUGUCAGCGGAUGCGUCUCGGAGAGAUGCAGGCCAAACCUCAUCUGCGGAUCACCAAGUAUCCCCUGCUGCUCAAAGCUGUGCUGAAGAACACUCAGGACCCCCAGGUCCAGCAGAAACUCAGAGGCAUGCUGUCCACUGUAAAUAACUUUUUGGAGAGCAUCAAUGACUACCUGCGGCUGAAAGAUGAGGAGCUGGCUCUCUCCAUCUCGGCCGAGAGGGUGGAGGGCUACGAGGUGGAGGGAAUAAAUGAAGAAAUUGACAAGCACGUUCGAGAGAUCUGCCAGUUCGACCUGACGUGCCCCAUCAGAGGAGUGGGGCCUGAAGUCAUACGGAAGCUGCUGCUGGAGGAGAACCUGAAGGUCCGCGGCAGAAAGGACAGUAAGCUGGAGGUGGUGGCUCUGCUUUUCUCGGAUGUGCUUCUCAUCACCAAAGUCCAGAAAAAGGGGGAACGACUGAAGGUGGUCCGGCCUCCUCUGGCCCUCGACAGGACUUUCUGCUUUGCGCUGAAAGACGGCUAUUCGUUUGUUCUGGUGGAGGUUGGGGAGUUGCAGAGCGCCAUGAACGUCCUCAUUUUUGUAGCCAGCACCUCCGACAGCUGCUCCACGUGGGUUUCCACGAUCCACAAGGCAAAGGAAACACUGAACAACCUGAGACAGACGGAAAACAGCAGACUGGAGAAGUUAAGACUACAUAAACCAGAGGCCAAACCGGUUUCAGAAGACAAGGCGGAGGUCACGGAGCCAGAAGAUCACAUCGUUACACUUCCAAAAAGUGAAUCAUUUGCAGAUGAAAUGACGAAAGGAUACAUUGGCUCUCACUCAGCGAACUAUUCCAGAGAAACACGGUAUCAGUCUCCGAAUGAGGUGGCUGCUAACAACUCUUCAUCGUCGUCAUUGCACUCUCGUCAUAUUCUUCAUACUCCCAGAUUACUGCACAGGAGGACUGCAGUCAAACAGCCUCAGAGCUCACAGUACGAAUGGAUCGAACUGAAAGGAUAUCAAGGUGCCAACCACACGACGGAGGACAAAUCUAGGAUUGCUGAAACUGCACUGACAGAUGACCACAGGUCAAAAUCCGUCGACAAUCUGGAUGUUUUCAGUCAGAGAUUCAACACGACGAGACCCCAGAAUCUUUUCCUUGGUGGACUACCAGACGUUGACUACCCAACAGAAGAAGAAAGCACUUUACAAAUUCACAGCCAGCCGGCGACUCCCAGCAACGGUCUGGCGUUGUUGGCGUUGCCGGGAGACCCUGGCUCCCGGCUGGACGGCCGCAGAUAUUCCAGCAGCAGUCAGUCCGAGGCGUCUCCAGAUAUCCGGAGCUUUGCAAGAAAUUUGAAGUCGCCUGGUUUACGGAGGAGGAGGCCGAUCAGCACGAACCAGAGCGCCUCACUUCAAGCACUGAAGCACUCCUCACAAGGCUCCACGCGGGCUGACGCUUCCCCAAACGACUACUCCGGUUCUAACUCGGACUCUGAGGUCAGUCUGGAUCUUAAAAGAAACUCUCUUGCCUCUGGCGGCAGCCCAAAUUCACACCGGGUGCUCAAACUGAGCUCCCUGAAGCCACACCAGGACAAGUUUUGGAAUAUGUUCGAAGAAGAUGAAGAUCGUCACAUCUUCUCUGAAUCUGAGCUUCCUGAUUUGAACCCCCAUCACGAAAAGCCUAAGCUGAAAACUCAGAGGAGUGCCUCCAAUCCCCAGAUUGUCAUUGAACCAGGACUUGAAGCUCGCCUGUACUCAAGCAGUAUGCGUACUAGCUCCCUCAGCUCGAUGCAUAAAUCAGACGAACGCCUGUCGCCGCUCAUGGGCCUCUUAGAGCGAGCUAAAGAAAGAAAGAGGGACAAAAACGUCCCACAGAUGAGAUUCAAGUACCCUCCUCCCUCGCCCUCGGUCUCCACCACUCCUUCACCCCCACCCAGCAACAGCGACAGAGACACGGAGUGGGAGGACACGCCGCCGCUGAUGAGAAGCAGAGCGCGCACCGUGAGUAAAGGAUGGAAGGAGCAGCUGGUGGACGGAGACGACGACAGCCUGAGGAACAGCAUGGCCUUCGCUGAUGGGGUGAACGUCGACUGGUCCGGCUGGUGCUUCGACGACGAUGAAGUCAUGGAUCAUCUGCAGCCCAGAGAGGAGACGCUCCUGGAAGGGAUCAACCGAUCUUUGAACUCUCGGGCUCUGAAGGACAUUUCGGAGCACAACGACGAGUGUAGUGAGGUAUAGCUCUGCAGCAGCGGAGUCGACACGUCCGUCAACCGUCUUUUGUCUAAUCAGAUAUUUUUAGUUUGUUCCACUUAACAAACCAAAAUAGACAACGAUGUACAAUGAACGUACCAGAACAACAUCACAUACGCCAUACCCUCGCUAAAUAGUGAAAAGAAAUGGAAAAAGGGCGCAGCGGCCUAAACAGUGAAAAAGAAAGAUAAACAAAAACAGAAAAGGGGAAUUUUGACAGUCUUUUUGACCAUCAGACUAAAUGAAAUCAAUCCAAAACAUGACAGAACAUUAGGGAUUGUGAGAGCUGUGCAGAUAAGUUUUUCAAGACUUCCGCUGCAGAAAACCACAUAUCAACAUUCACUUCCUUGCCACCAUAUGGACUGUGUGGGGGCUUCCAGUGUUCCACAAUGUUUUUUUGUUUGUUUGUUUUAGCAGCUUUUAAACCUGCCAACACUUUACGUUUCUUACAUUCAGGCACUGUAAAUGCAGAAAGGUGGUUCAAAAGUAAACCUGGUGUGACCACAGGUACUGCCUCUGAUAGAAAUGCUGCCAGUUCAGAGGCCACGCCCUGUCGGAGCUGGGUGACACAGAGCGCCUGGGAUUUUCAAUGUGCACGAUCGACCAGCAGUGAGUUUCAUAAGGCAUCGUUUGCAAGGUCUUAAAUAAGUCAUGUGGGAAAAGUUAGAAUGACUCUGCUGAUGUUCGUUAUAGUAGGAGGUGAGCUUAAUAGAGGCCGAAACCCUUUUCUAAUCAGAUUCCCUCUCCGACCCCGGGACGUCCUCCCUCCACAUCCAGUCCACUGGGAGUGUUUCGUAUUCAGCCUCAUGCUCGUCAACCAUCGGAGGCUCGUCACAAAAUGUUGGCUUUCAAAUUAGUGUGUGAAUGUGCAUUUCAUAGAGGUGAACUGAUCAAGACAAAGAAAUUUUUUUUAAUUACAAAAAAAAAACAAAAAUUGAACAAGCAGACAUAUUUGCACAAAAAAACAAAACUGCUAUGUAUAGUGUACUUAAAGUACAAA